AUGAACGGUGUAGAGGAACGGGCAAGGCGCGCAAAGAUCCUGGCACAACUGGAAAGCCAGGCGUGCGAGCACAGCUUGGAAGACUACCGGGCCGACGUGCAGGGUUACCUGUGGGAUCUGGAAUUCCAGAACAGAGCAGACCCGACGAUGAUUGAGUCGCAACCGGAGCUGGAAUGGUACAUGAGACCGUACCUCAUCGACUUCUUGAUAGAGUUGCACGGGUACUUUCGGCUGCGGCCUGAGACGCUGUUCCUGGCGUGCUCGAUCGCGGACCGGUACCUGUCGAAGCGGAUGGUGUACAAGAAGCACUAUCAGCUGGUGAUGACGACGGCAUUGUGGAUCGCGGCCAAGUACGAGGACAAGAAGUCGAGGACGCCGCUGGUCAGAGAGCUAGUCGCUCUUUGCCGUGACGCCUACGACUCGACGAUGUUCGCGCAGAUGGAACUUCACAUGCUGAGUACCCUGGGCUGGAACGUGGGCUCUGUGGCCUCGGUGUACGGCAGUUUGUCCUUGUUUCUCGGCAUGGACAUUUUCUCAGGCUCUCCCGCGGGGCAGGCUGGGGUCGCGGUGCUGAGCGACCUGGCUGGUUUCCUCGCAGAGCUGUCCAUGUACGAGAAGGACUAUAUGUACUUCUCUACAGCCGUGCAAGCUUUGUCAGCGGUGCUGGUCGCCUCCAAGGUGCUCAACAACACCGCGAUGGCAGAUUUCAUCUACUGCUCGUUGGCGCACCAGCAGGGCCCUGUACGUUGCGGUACCCUCUGCGCACACUCACCCAAGGAGCAGCUGCCUUUGCUGCGACUGGACGAGCAAACACUCGAAGACAUCAGGCAGUGCAGCCUCCUAUUUGUGAACGACCUUUACAAGACCAAAACUCUGAACAAACCGCUCCCUGCUGCGCUACUUCAUAAGUACAGCAGGUCUUCAUUUGAGCCCUUCCUAGAAAGGUUCACCUCAUGUAACAUGAACUCUUUCAUCACACUGACCCAGUUGACGCAAGCCGUCGGGUCAAGCGAUCAAACACUGUUACGGCAAAGCACCCGAAGCCUAACAGACAUCUGCAUUGGCCUUUUGAUACCCCCUACAACUGCCGAUGUAGCUAAUAGCCGCCUGGCUCUGCAUACGUUUGAUGGCUCUACCCCCUGUGGCGACGAAAACGCAGGAAGAGCCGUCUUUCGAAGAUCCUCCUCCGCUUGCAACACGCUAGGAGUUCCCUCUGCGCCCCAGUUGUCAAUGCAGACGCUGGACGUUCGUUGUUCAUCUCCAGCGGCUUCUACCGUCUCUGCCAACUCGGUAUUCAGUAGUGGCCAGUCCACUUUAUCACAGUCUUCUGCUAGCUCUCCCAUGCUCUUGACGAGCCGCAAGCAGUUUCCAAUCAGAAUGAACUCGUUUUCGUCCGUGUACAGCCACCAUCCGAACCAAAGGGUUUUAACGAGAUUCGACAGCACUGAGAGUACUAUGGCAGAAUGA